GUUUACUGUCGUUGAGCUUGUUUGAAGGUCUAGAGUGCCCCGAAAAGUGCUGUUAAUUGCACGUUUUACAGCAGCGUUGUCGUGUUCGGAAGAAGUCAGAAGCAGAUCUAGCUCUAGAACGAUGAAGAUUCAGCGUUCUGUUAAUUUCACGCUACUGUUUCUAUGUGUUCUGGUCUUACCACAACUCAAGAUUUUCUGCCUUGCAAAGAGCAAUAUUUGCAAACGGCCAUACUUACCACACUCUUGUAGAAGAGCAGCAUGCGUAUCUUGUCCUGCCGGUUUUGGUGUUGUGACAUUCUGUAACGACGUAACCCCGACCGUGUGCGAAAGCUGUUCUGCUGGAGUAAACUAUUCCAGCAAUUCGAAUCCGUACGAGUCGUGUCGCAGAGUCAGCGAGUGUUCAGACGACAAAAUUGUUGUCAAGGAAGCAACGACCGUGAGCGACACAGAAUGCGACUGUCGCAGAGGAUACAGCAGAGACAGUCUAGGAGUUUGUCAUCCUGAUCGGAUUUCAACCACAAUAUCACAACACAAACAUACGAAAGCAGCAAUUUCCACAAAACAGAUUCCUUCGUCAGCAUCAACAACAACAACAACAGCAACAGCAACAACAACAACAACAACAACAACAACAGCAGACAAAACUACAGCGACUUCUGAUUCUCAGCCUAGUACAUCAUUGAAGCCUGUGCUAGCAACUGGAAACACUGCUACUGCUGAUUCUGUUUCUCUGUCGUCUUCACUGGGUGCUGUAGUUGGAGUUAGUGUUGUAGCUGCCGUCUUUAUUGUCAUCGUUGCCAGUAUAGUUGUAGCAUACAAAGUUUCGCGCAAAAACGUCAUGCCAUUUGGGAAAAGGAAAGAUGCCUUAAACAGCAGCAAGGCAAAUGACACGGUAUUUGCCAAUCAACAUUUUGAAAAGAAUUUGGACACUACCAGUCAUUCCUAUACUCUAACAACCCUCUAAGUGCAAGCCACAAAACCACAAACAUUUCUCUGUAGCAUCAGUAAACUGCUGUACUUGUAAUUUGUAUUACAUUUUGGUUUGAUUUAUAACUGAUUUUGAAUUUGCUACAAGUUCUCAAUCUGUAUAGUUCACCAUUGAACUCAUUUUUCGUCAUCUUGAUAUCAAUGAUAUUAUUUUAAAUUUAAUUGAUGCAGUUUCAUGAAGUCAGACUGACUGUCAGUUGCUGAUAUUCACAGUAUACGCUGCAAAAUAAUGUUGAAAGACAAAGAAUCAAAUAGUAGUCCAAUAGACAUGUGUC